AUGGAGGACGAGGUGAAGGGGCUGCUGCGGACGAUGAACGAGGUGGUCGAGGAGAUUUCUUCCAUCGCCGACUACCGGAAUGCCUACAAGAAGCAGUUUUGUAAUCUCUCCCGGCGGCUCAAGCUGCUGACGCCGAUGUUCGAGGAGAUCAGGGAGAGCACAAAUGCGAUCGACGCGGAGACUAUGGAGACCCUCCGCCCCCUCGGGGAGGCGCUGCAAUCGGCCAGGAAUCUUCUCAGAUUCGGAAGCGAGGGAAGCAAGAUCUGCCUGGUACGAUCGGUAUAGGCUACGGCCUCCUCUAGUGGAGAUAAGACAUGCCAUUCCUGGAAAUUAUUUCUAACGAUCCAUUCAUCGGCCCAUGCAUUACUUCGUUUUGGAUGUGGAAUGCGCGAAGCACCCUCGUUUCCUGCCCCUCUGAUAAGAUUCUUAAAUGCAAAAAUAUUUGGUGAAAUGUAAUUUUUUUUAUUUUAUUUUAUCCGUCCUGUGCUUUGAAAUUCAAGGAACUCCAGCAUUCGCUCGGCUGUUUAUUUCGUGUUCCUCUUGGGACUGAAUUCCUUGGGUGUAAAAUGCAUGAAAACCUCUUUUGCUUCUAGAUCACUGGAUUCGGCCGGCAAACUAGUGAUCCAUCGUCUUCGCAGGAUUUUUUCCGGCACGAUCCGGAGUGUAUAAUAGGUUUUUGUUCUCCUUCUACGAUCUGCCUAACCGCUGAUUAUACCGCCUUAAUAGGACGAAUCAGAAUUUUGAAGUCGUCGUUCUUCUCUGUGUUUUUGCUGGCUUGCUUCUCUGGUUGGUUAUAUUCACAGGAAUAAUAUCUGAAAAACGGUUUUCUGCUCGGUCGUAUUUUUUUGGGUAAUAGUUAUGGGGACGUGAAACCAAGGAAUGCCUUCUCUGAAUCUCAUUCUUUCAGGCUAUCAAAAAUUGCACCACCCACAUGCCUGGUUUUUGACUACCUGAAUUACGGUUUGAGAGCCUGAACACUGUUCUCUUUCAGAAAUCAGACUUUAUUUCUCUUCCGUGCAUCACAGGAGUUUCUUACGUCAUUAAGGAUCACCUCCGGAAUCGCUUCUUGAGUAGCAGAAACUGUGUGGGAAGAAAGCUUCUAUUCAUUUCCUGGCUAUUCAUCAUCACGGAAUCUCCUGGGUGAUGAAGAUUUGAUGAUAUGUAUCAGCAUAGCACUCGGACGAAAGAAAUAGUGUAGAUGACGAUUGUUAUUCCAUUGUUAAUGAAGAAUCGCCACUGGCCUUUAAGAAAUUAGAAUUCCUAUUGUGGAUGUUGUUGCUACUUCUGGCAAUAUCAUUCCAACCCUCUGCGUAGAAUGGUAAACCUUAGUCUAGCAGCAACCUUAUCCCCUCAUGCUUCAUUCAAGAAGAAGAUUUGUCUUCAUUUCCUUGAUAUUUUUUUGCCACCUCUUAUCAUUUCAACGAUCAACUUCUCCCAUAAUAAUAUCUAUACUACCUAGUGUCGUAAUGAUAUCAGCCAAUUUCAUUUUUUUGACUAGCUGAGGCAAAAAAAAAAUAUCUCAAGUCCCUGUCAAAACGGAAUACGUAUCAAGGUUCACAUUUGCAUCAUUAUGAUACUAUCUUGAUUAUAUCUCACUGCUUUAGUCGACAAAUAACUAAUUAAUAUACAAUAAUAAAAUUGUAGCGGGUAUAGUUUAGUGGUAAAAGUGUGAUUCGUCCUAUUAAAAACUUAAAUAGUUAAAGGGUCUUUUGGUUAAUAUUCCAAUUGGGAUCUGGAUCCAUUAUUCAUUCAAUGGAACCUCUUGUUGGAUAUUCACCCGAUAAAAGUCAGAAUAUGGUUCUUAUGGGUGGUUUAACAAGAUAUAUUCCAAUUACAAGAACUACGUUUUUAUUAGGUAAUUUUCAUCUAGUUAUUUGGUCAUAUCAUUCGAUUAAAUGAAUUGGAACUUUUUGAAUGCCCUUUUUCAUUCCAAAAGUAUCAGUAAUGACACCAAUUCCAGGGGUAUUUUUGUCCUCCAGAUCAACAACUGCCGAUAGUAUCAAUUCAAAGAGAGGGAGGAAUUGGGGGGGAGCCAGACAGAUUUAUUUUCUAUAAACGUGAACAUCUUGAUUAAGAUGUAGGUUGAAAUGAACUGUUUUGUAUCUAUGGGAGUAGAGGCAUGCUCAUCAUUCAUGGUAAUCGUGUACCAAAGGCACCUUUAUGCAAUUAUCACUGUUACGUGGAGGGAUUGGAGUCUCUUUUGAUAUUGUAAUGAAGAAGUGUUUUGUCUGGUUGCUCAUUUCCUAUUUUCGAACAUUUUUUCCGUAAUGAUGCUUUGUUUGCUGCAUAGUUUGCACGAUUUCUUCGACCAGAUAAGGUUUUGAGUGUUUGAUGUAAACAAAAUUAUGUUAAGUUAUCAUAGAGGACCUCGAGUAUUUUGGAUAUUCACUGUACUGAUUUCAGUAGCCUUAAAGAAUCCGAUCAUUAUUUUCUUUUUUUUCUUAUCUUGGACAAUUUGAUCUCUUGGAGGUCCUGGAGAGGGAUACAAUCAUGAAAAGAUUCCAAGAAGUGACUGGCCAAUUAGAGCAAGCUCUGGGGGAGAUUCCCUUUGACAAGCUUGGAAUAUCUGAUGAAGUCAGAGAACAGGUAUGACCAUCUAAUGAGGCUUCUAUUUUUUUGCUUAUUUCAAAGGCAUUGAUUUACAUUGGGAGGUAUGGCUCAGUCUUAAUUCGUGUCGAUGCCAACUCUAAAGUUCAUGCAAUGAUAUUGUUUUGAAUCUCUAUCUUGUUCAGAUUGAACUUGUGCAUUCCCAGUUUAAAAGAGCUAAAGAGCAAGUUGAUUCCCCGGAUGGUGAUCUCUACAACGACCUUUUAUCUGCUUACAACAAUGAUGCUGAGAUUGACACAGAUAUCCUUAGGAGACUAGCAGAAAAGUUGCAGCUCAUGACCAUUUCCGACCUCAAGCAGGAAUCACUAGCUUUGCAUGAGAUGGUUGUUGCCAGCAGUGGAGAUCCUGGGGAGCGGAUCGAGAAAAUAUCAAUGCUAUUGAAGAAGAUUAAGGAUUAUGUUCAGACUCAGGAUCCAAAGAUGGGCACCCCUUUGACUCUCAAAGGCGUUGGUUCUGAUGGCAAGCUCAAGGCUCCCAUCAUACCGGACGAUUUUCGUUGCCCGAUUUCAUUGGAGCUGAUGAAGGAUCCCGUCAUUGUGGCAACGGGACAGGUCCAGACUCUUUCUUCGAUUUCUUUCCUCCAUAUCAGUUACUGAUUCCUUUUUUCCUGGCUUUGAGACUGUUCCUGUCUACUAAUCUGCAGACUUAUGAGCGGACUUUCAUAGAGAAAUGGCUUGAAGGGGGCCACAACACAUGCCCCAAGACACAGCAGCUGCUCUCCAGCACAUCCCUCACUCCAAAUUUUGUGCUCCGCAGCCUGAUAGCUCAGUGGUGCGAGGCCAAUGGCAUUGAUCCGCCCAAGCGCCCGGUCAACUCUCAGCCCAGAGAACCUGCCCGUCCAGAGAUCGAUGCCCUGCUUCAUAAGCUGACAUCACACAACCCUGAGGACCAGCGAGCGGCAGCUGGCGAGCUCCGGCUCCUUGCCAAGCGUAAUGCCGACAAUCGCGUGUGUAUUGCUGAGGCUGGCGCCAUUCCCCGUCUCGUUAGGUUGCUGCCCUCUGGAGAUCCUCGCACCCAAGAGCAUGCUGUCACUGCCCUGCUCAAUCUGUCCAUAUGCGAGGAAAACAAGAAGACGAUAAUCACCUCCACUGGAGCCGUGGCUGGAAUAGUUCACGUGCUGAAGAAAGGAAGCAUGGAGGCGAGGGAAAAUGCAGCAGCAGCGCUUUUCAGUCUCUCUGUGGUGGAUGAGAAUAAGGUGACCAUCGGCAUAUCAGGGGCGAUUCCAGCGCUUGUUGCCCUGCUGGGGGAAGGAAGCCAGAGAGGAAAGAAAGAUGCUGCAACAGCGCUCUUUAACCUGUGCAUAUAUCAGGGGAACAAGGGGAAGGCAGUAAGGGCAGGAGUAGUGCCGACGCUGAUGGCACUCGUGACCGAGCCAGCUGUGGGCAUGGUAGACGAAGCCUUGGCUAUAAUGGCUAUCCUGGGUAGCCACCCAGAGGGCAGGGCGGCUAUUGGAGCUGCGGAGGCCAUUCCCGUGCUUGUGGAAGUGAUUGGGAGUGGCUCUCCGAGAAACAGAGAGAAUGCUGCUGCCGUGCUCGUCCAUCUCUGCUCAGGAGACCAGCAGCAGCAACACCUGCUCGAGGCACAGGAGCAUGGCAUAAUGGGUCCAUUGCAGGAGCUAUCAAAAAAUGGCACAGAGAGAGGAAAGAGGAAGGCGUUGCAGCUGCUUGAUCGGAUGAAUAAAUUUAUCGAACAGCAGGAGAAGGUGGCUCAGGCUCUAGCUGAGUCUGUAGCUCACCCUCAGGUCCAGGUCGAGAGCUCGUCUAAGGCUGAGGUCCCAUCCAAGGCCGAGGGCCCAUCCAAGGCCGAGGGCUCAUCUCAGGCCGGGGAUCCAUUUCUAGCUGGGGGCCAGUGCCUGGUUGAGAGCCCGUUCCAGGACGAAGGCCCAUCUCAGCCAGUGGAGUCCAAGCUCCCAGCUCCUUCAAACAAUGCUUCCGACUGA